UGUGGAGGCAGCAAAAUUACCGUAAUCAAUUGAAACAGGCAGUGCGCAUCCAUGGCUCUGAUUAUUUGGAGAUCAUCUAUCAGCCUGAUGGCUGUGUAACGAGGAAAGGGGGGCAUUGAAUUACUAUUGAGAUUUACUGAGAAGUCCAUGAUCAUUGGGCAAGGGAGUUUGGUCAGUGAUAAUAGGACUCCUUGGUCUGGCGGCGGCGGAAGUAUUUCUCCAAACAUUAGAUAGCUGACUCUGCACUGCUGAAAGGUGCUGUUUUGAAACUAAAACCCAUAGUGUCCGGACAGGCUGGUGAGCUGCAUUCUCCAUAAUCUCCUUUUCCCCCCACCUGACAAAGGAAAAUCAGAGGUGGACGAGCGGCGGCUCUAAGAGGAUAAACUGAGCAUGGAGGUCAGAUACAACCAAGAGACUGAAGGGAUGGUGCUGAAGAAUGGACUAAAGGAGGGGAAAGAUGGCAAGGACUCCCAGGGCAGCCUGACCAAAAGCUUCCUCAAGGACCAGCAGGACUCCUUUGCCCCCUCCGGGACCGUGGACACUUGUGACAAGAACAGAGGGAGCACAGGAGACCCAGACUACUGUCGGAGAAUACUUGUUCGAGAUGCUAAAGGCUCCAUAAGAGAAAUCAUCCUGCCCAAAGGUUUGGACUUGGACCGGCCGAAGCGUACCCGCACCUCCUUCACUGCAGAGCAGCUCUACCGUUUAGAGAUGGAGUUUCAGAGGUGUCAGUAUGUGGUUGGAAGGGAACGCACAGAAUUGGCCCGUCAGCUCAACCUCUCUGAAACUCAGGUGAAAGUCUGGUUCCAGAACCGCCGUACUAAGCAGAAGAAGGACCAGGGGAAGGACUCUGAGCUGCGUUCGGUAGUUUCAGAAACAGCAGCCACCUGCAGUGUCCUCAGACUGCUGGAGCAGGGCCGGCUGCUGACGCCUCCCGGCCUGCCGGGCCUCCUGCCUCAUUGCGGCGGUGGCACUCUGGGCUCUGCCCUGCGGCCGCCCUCCAUGGCCAUGGCCAGCAACGGCAGCAGUAGCAGCAGCAGUAGCGGAGGAAGCACCGGCACAGCAGGCGGCAGCCCCCCGCUACCCGCCGUCACCAGCUCAGGGACAGUGGCAAGCUUGCAAAGCUCACCGGCAGCUCACAGCCUUUUCAGCUUCCCUAUGCCCUCCUUACUCAGUGGCGUCGCCACCCGCAUUUCCUCCAACCCCCUCUCCAUGGCGGGCUCCCUGGCUGGAAACCUGCAGGAACUUUCUGCUCGCUACCUGAGUUCCUCUGCCUUUGAGCCUUACUCGCGGACCAAUGGCAAAGAAUCCAUGGACAAGAAAAUCCUGGAAUAAUGUUUUUACAUAGACGGAGUCCUGUUUCCUCAGGACACGUGCCGGUUAUUUUCCUUGGCUGUUAUUGUCAUUUUCUGGUUUCGAGCUGUCUCUUCAUCUGUCUGUGUCAUGUUUUGUAGCAGUUCAUGUAUUCCAGUUGCGCAUCUGGCGCCUUGUACAAGGAAGCAAACAUAAGCUCGUCUUAACAAAGAAAAGGUGGCAGUGGGGAGAUUUUGCACAAGAAGUUCAUAAAGGACUUUAUAAAAGAGAAUUAGAGAGAUAUACACUGGGAGAGUACUAACAGAUGUCUUUCUGUUAAUAAACAAAUAUUUAGUCCAAAAACCAACUAUAUACUGAAGCGCGUAGAGAAUACAGCUGCUACUGUGGUGCAUACAGGCUACGGCAGGGCGCUGAAGACUGGUGACGAGAACUGUAAAGUUAUGGUGAUGUUGUUGAACUGUGUUCUUUGAUUGUGAUGGGUAGGUGCGUGUCAGAGCAGUGAGUAGAUAUAGACAAACAACAUGAGACGUCAAACACCUGAGCAGCAGUUUGUGUCAUCCUGAUAAUUCAGCGCUUUUAAAAUUUUACCUUAGCAAGGCCAAUUUCCUGAAAUAGAAUUAAAGAAGGGGUCGAGUGUGCGAUUACAGGCCAGAGUGAAACCCAGGCGAUCAGAGAUGCAGAUGUGUCAUAAGAGCAUCUUUUGUAAAUCUGUAUUAUCUUUGAACCAAAACAGAAUCCCGAACAAUGUCGUCAUACAGCAUGAGAGCUGUUCACACACACACACACACAUAUAUAUAUAUAAGUGUGUGUGUGACUGUAAUUCCACUACGAGUUCUCCAGGUUCUGGUGUACAGUUUCUGUUGCGUGUUGGAGCUGAGCACAGGUACGAGCUACUGAAAGGGAGAAAAGGCUUUUCAGCUGAAACUGUUUGCUUUGUUGAACGCUACAAGGUAACAGCUUUUUCAAUCAUUAAGACAACCUUUCCUGUGCAAAAUUUCUUAAAUCCACAGCCUUCAGAAAAGAUUAAGGCCGAUGAUUCUUGUGGAGACUGAAUGAAAUUAUUGUAGUACUCAAGUACUGGAAAUGCAAAAUGUACCUUAAAGUUGUUAUUUUAUUGUAAAUUAUUUACUUCUGUAAUUAAUAGAUUAUUAGUAUAUCUGGAAAAUAAUGAAUGAAUGAAUGUAUUAGCAGGGUUGAGGAUUCAAUCAAAAGCUCUUUGGUGCUGUUGUUGUGAAAUAUCUUGAAAUUUGUGAAACGUGUGGUUCAAAUGUUGAUAUAUAUUAUGUAUACGGCUGCAGACAAAGACAAGUGUGUUUUUUUUCUUCCAUACAUGUUGCUAUAAAUUAAGUUAUGAUA